UAAAGAAGGUGCGAAGAAGAAGAAAAAGAAAACAGUUGCUAAUGAUCCUUGCACCGAUGAGUCUGCACAUAGGCACAUAGAUCCAUUGAUUUCUUGAGGAUAUGUCUGAUACGGUCAAGGAGAUGCAUCGUUUGUUUUGCCAAAAACCUGCAGAUGAGCCUUUUAGUAUCGAAGUUAGUAGGAGUUCCUGCUUCAACUAUCCUUCUGAUUCGAUGAUCAUUCUCUCCCGACAAGAUGUUUUCCAACUACUGACGGGAGAAUGGCUUAAUGUAUCCGUUUUGCAAGUAUUUAUGAUGUUCUUGUCAGAUGAAAGUGAUAGGAAUGGAGAUUCAAAUAUUGGUUUCAUGUGUCCUAGUAUGAUCUCGGAGACCAUGCUACGCCAUGAACCAGAUGCCGCGAUCAACUAUAUGCAAAGGACAUUGAGAACCAAUCGAAAUAUGAAAUUCAUCAUGCUUCCAUACAUUGAAAGUCAACAUUGGAUUCUUCUCGUCCUUUCUCUACACAAAAAAAGGAAUGGCCUACGCUUGGAAAAGUAUGUUGAGUUGAAACAGCCAAUUCCAUACUCGUAA